AUGAUGUGCCGGCAGCUGGCGUGGCGCUUGCGCCAGCGUGGCACCCGGAGUCAGGUGAACUGCGUGCAUCCCGGUGAAGUUCUCACGCAGGUGUUCAAUGACUUCCACCCGGUGGUGCUCACGUUGUAUGCGGCGCUGCGUCCUCUGGCGCAGCUGUUUUUCAAGACGCCGGCCAUGGGUGCAGCUUGCAACUCAGACAUCCCAGGACGCGCGUGA